AUGUCCAAACACUACCGCUUCACUGCCUUCCCAACCCUUCAUACCCUCCACGGUUCUCCCAGCAUACUUACCGCACCCAUCGCUCUCCCACAAGGCUGUACGAACGACCAGGUUGUAGCAUCAUGGGCGCACCUUCUCCGCGGUUACUGCGGUACCGACACUGUUGUAUUCAGGGUGAAUGGGAUAACCUCGGGAGUUGAAUUUGCAGAAGAUGGGAGUAUGGGUUGGAUUUCAAAAGGGAGUGUGGAGAAUCCUUCGGGCGGACGGUGGACAGGAGUCUUUUUAAAUUCUGAAGGCUUUAAUCCCCUGGAUUCGCAGCUGUAUUUGACUGUAGACGGCGGAUCUGCGAUGGCAUAUAUCAAUAUCUCGACAGCGGUGGUACCGGAGAGUUACAUCCACAUAAUUUGUACACAUCUUCACCACCUUUUUGCCUCCACUGCUCAUUCAGUACACACCUUGUCGGUUCUUAACCCCACCCCGCGACAUCUCCCCGGACCUACUCUUCUCCACAACCUCAUCACCUUCUCCACUCACGAUAGCCUCCCUGCGCUUGAAUUUCUCCACUCCAACUCCUCGCAGAGUACUUAUAGCUACGCGGAUCUCGACAUUCUCUCGACGCAGUUUGCCCUAAAGCUCCUUCCGCAUACUACACCUACCCAGCGCCUAAUCCCUGUACUUCUCCAGCAGUCACCAACUCUUUACAUUGCCCUCAUCGGUAUUCUCAAGGCAGGAUGCGCAUUUGUUCCGUUACCUCUAGACGCACCUCCUCAGAGACUACAAUUCAUUGUCGAUGACAUCAAAGCGCCAUGUAUUGUCUGCGAUCCUGCUUCACCUCCGGUUCCAAAUCUCCCAUGUGUCACACCGGACGAAGACACCCCCACCUUCUCACUGGCCAGCCUAAUGGAACUCCCCACGACGAUCUCACCGAGUGACCCAGCGUAUGUAAUGUACACCAGCGGCACAACCGGAACACCCAAGGGCGUUCUCGUCAGUCACUACGCUGCGGCACAGAGCUUGCUAGCGCAAGACGUGCUCGUACCGAAAAGUGUCGGGAGGUGGUUACAACAAGCGGCGCCGACAUUCGAUGUCUUUGUCUUUGAGAUGUUCUUCCCGUUAAUGCGCGGAAUUGUGUUGGUAGGAUGUGAGCGUGCGGUUAUGUUGCGUGACCUUCCGGGCGUAGUGAGGAGAAUGGCCGUGGACGUGGUGGAGCUUACGCCGACAGUUGCAGGAGGCUUAUUAGGGAAACGCGAGGAUAUUCCGGGCUUGAAGUGUUUGUUGACGAUUGGAGAAAUGUUGACAAAGGGAGUGGUAGAUAUGUGGAAGGAUAUGUUGGUGGGGAUGUAUGGGCCUACUGAAGCAGCAAUCCACUGUACGGCCUCUACUGCGGUCGAAAGGGUUGGCGAUAUUGGCAUACCCUUUGAGACUGUGUCAGCAUUCGUCAUCGCCCCCUACAAAGGUAGUGAAAUUGAAGUUCUCCCCGUAGGUUGUGUGGGCGAGCUUGUGGUAGGAGGGCCACAGUUGGCAGAUGGAUAUAUCAACCGCCCAGAACAAACGCGAGAAGUAUUCAUCAACUCAACUCGAUUCGGCCGAUUGUAUCGGACCGGUGACCGAGCUCGGGUUCUCCCGAGCGGAGCAAUUGAGUGUCUAGGCCGUAUUGGGGCUGGUCAGGUCAAAAUGCACGGCCAGCGUAUUGAGCUUGGAGAGAUCGAGGAAGUUGUUCUCAAGACGCCAGGAGUCAAAGCAUGUGUGGCCAAUGUGAUUAAGAAUACUCUUGUCAUCUGGGUCAGCGGCGCAACUUCAAAAUUGGCAAUCAUUGAGACGUGCAAAAAAUGGUUACCGGCGUACAUGAUCCCUGGCGACAUCCUUAUUCUCCCUACGCUCCCCCGUCUUGCUUCCGGAAAGGCAGACAGAAAACUCUUGGAGGCAGACUACAAGAAUAGGAUCAUUGAACCUCAAGUAGUAACGGAAGAUAUGAACGCCGUUGAGCGAGUGAUCGCCCAUGAAGCAUCACUUCUUCUUGGCGCUGCGCCCGGCAAGGAAGUCAGUCUUGUUUCGCGUGGGCUUGACUCAAUGCAGGCCAUUCGCCUAGCUAUCGCGCUUCGGAAACGAGGCCUUGAAGUGGAGACAGUAGAUGUGAUUAGGUCUGACACAAUCUCUGGUAUUGCAGCAGGUAUUGAGAAGAGUGUGGGUGCACCCCCGAGAGUCGUGAAUGCAGCUGCCCAGAGGCGAUUCGAGGAGGUCGCGAACGCUUCAAGAGAAUUACACGAGGACCAGAACGUGCUGAAGGUUAUUCCGUGUACUUCUGUGCAGGCCGCUAUGCUCUCAGAAACAGCGAAAGAUAGCGCCGCAUACUGUAAUUGGAUGCUACUCUCCUUGCCACCGAACAGCAACGCAGCUGCAGUAGAAGCUGCUGUCAGAAAGAUUAUCGAUGCCAAUGAGAUUCUGCGCACCGGGUUUGUAGUCCUGGAAGGUGGGUUCGCGCAGGUAGUAUAUCGUACCUCUUACCCAUCUCAAUUUACCCUAUCGAACACGAUUGAGAAGAACUGGAGCGUUUCCGUUCCCCAGCUGCUGUCGCCACCUUUCAGAGUAUCUCUUGUUGAUGGUCAACUAAGCGUUCAAAUCCACCAUGCACUCUACGACGGUUGGUGUUGGGACAAUAUCAUGUACGAUCUUGCCGCACACCUUUCCAGACGCCCCGUAGCUCCACGUCCACAGUACCAAGUUGUUGUAGAGGGCGAAUUGGCCACAGAUAACUCCAGCAGUAUCGAUUACUGGCGAAAGGCCCUGUCCGGAAUUGAGCCGGUGCCCUUCCCAUGCUUAACAGGGAAGAGUGACGUGGUUGAUGAGGUGCGCCAGGAGACUGCUACGAUGAGUACCGGGAAAGAAGCAUACGAGGGUGCUGCAAGAAAGUUUGGUGUGGCGCCAGUGGUUUUGGUACAGGCUGCAUGGGCCAUGUUGUGGUCAUUAUACGUUGGCGAAAGCGACGUUGUUGUAGGAAAUACUCUCUCUGGUAGGACAAUUCCCUUAGAGGGGGUUGAGGAUGUAAUCGGGCCAAUGAUUGUCACUGUGCCGGUUAGGGUAAACGUGAGGAGACAGCGUAGUGUGAGAGAGGUUGUAAGCGAGGUUGCGAAGCGUGGGAGAGAAGUUUUGGGGAAUGAGAUUGGACUGAGAGAGGUAAAGAAGGCCUGGGGUGGUGAGGGUAGACUUUUUGAGAGUUUGCUUGUCUGGCAACAGGAGUCUUUGACUGCUGAAGGAAGCGUGAGGGUCGUCGAUUUGAAAGAUAUGCUAGAGUUCCCGAUUCUCCUCGAAGUUACACCUGGUACUGCUGAUAUAUCCCUACGAGCAACCUAUCAAACUUCCAUUCUUCCGCCUGCCCACGCAGCACUGAUAUUAGCCCAACUCGACCAAUUUGUCACUUCGAUCAUUUCCCACCCCGACCGGACCCUCACAGACCUCCUUCAAUCCCUUCCAUCAUCUGCUCUGUCUAUUGAGAAUCCCCAUCCCGUAACUUCCUCAAUAGCCUCUACACCUUCCAUCUCUCACCUCGUCGAACUCGCUGCUUCCCGCAACCCAAAUGCAAUCGCGAUUGACUUUGCAGAUGACAUCAUUGGCACCACUACUGAAUCUACAACACUAACCUACCAAACCUUCAACACCAACGCUAAUAAACUAGCCUAUCAUCUACUCUCUCUUGGUGCGAAACCGGACACACUUAUAUCAAUCUGCAUGGAAAAAUCGCCAAUCCUCUACAUCUCUAUCCUUGCCAUCCUUAAAUCCGGUGCCGCCUAUGCUCCUAUAACCCCAGAGACUCCAAACGAGAGAAAGAACCAGAUUAUAGAAAGCGGCGAUGUACGUAUUCAUCUUACCACUAGCGACCUCGCCCCGCAACUUUCAGGCGUGCCACAGGGCGUCAUGGUAGUUUGCGUGGACAUGGUAAAUACACUCUGGUAUUCCGAGGCAAACCCAGAUGUUCAAAGAUCCGAGAGAGACCUGGCAUACGCGGUUUUUACCUCCGGGAGUACAGGAAAGCCAAAGGGUGUGUUGGUGGAGAAUCAUGCGAUUGUGAACCAUCUUAGACUGCUCGCAGAGAUGUACCCGGCAGCGUUAGGGAAGAGGCUGUUACAGUUCUGUACCGUUGCCUUUGAUGUGUCGGUGUUUGAGCUAUUUUUUACGUGGGCAAUGGGCAUGACACUCUGUGUAGCAAGGAAGGAUGUGCUGCUACGUGAUAUCGAGAGCGCCAUAAACGCCUUCAAGAUCACACAUCUGAGUAUGACAGCUACUGUCGCGGCGCUAGUCAACCCUGAUAAUGUACCGUCUGUGGAAUUUCUCGUUACUGCCGGAGAAGGUCUUAACAGGAAGGUGUUUGAGGCCUGGACUGGUAGAGGAUUCUGGGCCGGGUAUGGACCAAGUGAGAUGGUGAACAUCUGCACGGUAAGACCGAAUUUGAGAAAGGGAGAUCAUAUUAAUACACUAGGAGAAACAUUUGCCAACACCUCUACCUUCGUAAUUUCUCAAGAUGAAGAUGAGUUCUGUUUGCUCCCUAGCGGUGCAGUUGGAGAGCUUUGUUUCGGAGGUGCUCAAGUCGCACGCGGAUACCUCAAGCAGCCCGAGCUUACCGCCCAAAAGUUCCCCACCCAUCCCACAUAUGGUCGUGUUUACCGUUCCGGUGAUAUCGGGCGUCUCCUCUCCGACGGGUCACUCGAGUUUGUCGGCCGCAUAGACGAUCAAGUUAAGAUUCGCGGGCACCGUAUUGAGCUGGGUGAAAUUACCUCCAUUCUCCUGCGUUCAGCAACUGUUCUUGAUGCUGCCGCUAUCCCAGUGAGAAAAUCUUCGACAGAUCCGUAUCUACUUGUUGCAUUCGUUCUCCUUGUAUCUCAUCGGGACAAGGAGUUUGGUGUUGUAAAGGCAGACCAAGGGGUUCGUGAGAUACUGGGCGUAUUGUUCGAGGCGCUAUCAGCUUCCCUACCAGAGUACAUGAUUCCUGCGGUGUUGCUACCCGUGACGACAAUCCCGAUGACUGCAACAGGAAAGAUUGACAAAAAGAUUCUCGAAAAGAUAUUCUUCGACAUCGAUACCGCUACAGUUGAAUCGUACAGCGAGGAAUCUGGUAAGGAAGUCGAUGCGCAGUGGACACAGGUUGAGAUGGAGAUCGUUGGGAUUGUUGCCGAUGUUGCGCAAGUAACCGUUAGUGAAAUUGGUAGAGGGACGUCGAUCUUCAAGCUCGGACUGGAUUCAAUCUCAGUGAUUCAGUUAUCAAAUCGCAUCAUGAAGGCAGGCUACAAGAGAUUAGAUGUGUCACAGAUUAUGAAGAAUCCGACUGUUGGUGCUCUUGCCACCUUGCCUAGGGAAAAGGAUGAAGGGCAGGCCGCUACCAAGAUUAUUCGAGAGGAUUCGUUGAAGCUGUUUGCUGAGAGUGUUAAAGCGACGGCCAUCGAGCAGCUCGGUGUAGCCCCAGAAGACAUCAUGAAAAUAUUGCCUUGCUCCCCACUACAAGAGGCCAUGUUGACACAAAAGAAAGGCGUUGAUGCGAGCACUUAUUACAACCACACCGUCCUGCAUCUUCGGGCUGACCCUGCACACUUGAGAAAGGCAUGGGAGCUCAUGGCCGAGAGACAUGAUAUCAUGAGGACCUGCUUCUGUGUCACCGAGGAUUCGAGACAUGCGUACGCGCAGGUCGUACUCAAGAAACAUGACCUGCCGUGGACUACCUUUGAGGUAGAGGCGACGCGGGAGCAAAUCGACCAGCGUAUCAGUGAAAUCUCAGCAUCUAUGAGCAUCAACAGUGCUCCAUAUGCAUUUUCAUUGUUUGCAGGGGCGACUUUGGUCAUGUCGUUCCACCACUCCCUUUACGAUGGUUAUGCAAUGGGUCUCCUGCUUGACGAUGUGCGAAGCGCUUAUCUAGGACUACAGCUCCCAAUACGACGUCCUUUUGAUCGCGUGUUGGAGUAUAUGGAGAACAUUGACCUCGAAGCAUCUGACAUUUUCUGGAAGGGCCUACUGACUGGUUUCGAAGCUUCUGCAUUCCCAGAUAUAACAGGCAAGACAGCACUAUUCAAAGAAGAAACUAAACUUACAGGUAUGACGGCAGCAAGAAUGACUUGUUCAAAGACGUUGAGUGAAAUUGAGGAGGGCUGUAGAGAAAUCUCAACCUCGCUGUUGGCAUUAGGACAGACCGGAUGGGCAAGGUUAUUGGCGGCCUAUUCCGGAGAAACCGAUGUUUGUUUUGGUAGUGUUGUGAGCGGAAGGACCAUCCCUGUGGAGGGAGUGGAGGACGUUAUUGCCCCUAUCAGGGGUCUUAAUGCGGAUAUUCUGCCGUAUCAGCUAACCCCGUUGAGAAGGAUCAUGAACACGCUGAAGACUGAGGGCCAGGGCCUAUUUGAUACCCUAUUUAUCUUGCAGUAUGCGAAUGAGGCAUUAGCAGACUUGUGGGAAGAAGUCGACGACCGCGGGGAGAUGGAUUUCUCCGUCGUUGUCGAGCUUGUACCUAAUCGCAAUAGAAACAGCUUAGACAUUGUUCUUUACUUCCGCCGGAAUAUCAUACUCGAGGAGCAAGUUGAUUUGAUGAUUCAGCAGUUGAAUGCGGCGAUCAUUGACUCCCUACAAUAUCCUGAUGAGCUCGCGAUAAACUUCCAAACAUUCAAGCCAUCAAUCUUGGCGAGGGCAAACGACAAGCCGCUCAAUCUCGAAAGCGAAGGCUACGAUUUACUACACUCUGAAUUUGAGCGCCAUGCCCGCGAGAACCCAUCACAUGUCGCACUUGAAUUCCUUGACAACGACUGCAAAAUCACAAGCUGGACAUUCCGCGAACUCAAUGAAGCCGCAAAUCGAGUCGCUCAUUACCUUGUCUCUCUGGGGCUAAAGCGUGACGAGGCUGUACCGCUAUGCCUCGAGAAGUCUCCGUUAUUCUAUAUUUGUAUUUUGGGUGUGUUGAAGGCCGGGUGCGCAUUCACGCCAAUCGAUCCUACACUGCCAGAUCAGAGGAAAAUGUUUAUGGUAGAGGAACUUGGGGCGAGGGUUGUGCUUGUUACUGCUGCUACGGCAGGGGGUAUGGGACGUGUGGCAAUGGUGGAUGUUGAGAGUGGGGUCAUGGAUUCUCAACCGGUUACGAAUUUAAGCAUUAGGGGUCUUACGUCGAGAUGCUUAGCCUAUAGACUUUAUACUUCAGGCUCCACUGGUCAGCCAAAAGCUGUCUCCGUUGAAAUCAAGAGCGCUGUACAAACUUUCCGCGCCUCAAAGCCCCUCAUCCCAUGGAAAUCGGAUUCAAGACUCCUCCAAUUCGCUGCAACCACCUUUGAUAUGUGCUACUACGACUGCUUCAUGGCGUGGAGUUAUGGGUUUACACUUUGUUCCGCGGCGAAGAAACAUCUCCUUGGUGACCUCGAAGGGACUAUCAAGACCAUGAAAGCAACCCUUUUGGAUCUGACACCGACUGUUGCAGCUACUCUUGUUGUAGAAAAUCUUACGACUGUGGAGAUGCUGUAUUGUAUUGGAGAGGCAAUGCCGCAGAAGGUGGUCAAUGAUUGGGACGGAAGAUGCGUUAACUCUUACGGACCUACUGAGGCGGCAAUGUGUUGUACAAUCACAGCCACAAACAGGCACACAAAAUCUUCCAACAUCGGCAAACCAUUCCCUACAGCAAGUUUCUUCGUUCUCUCCCGCCGCGGAGAGUAUGUGGUCCCUAUUUUCGGUAGCGGCGAGCUCUGUAUUGGAGGGCCACAAGUAGCACGCGAAUAUCACAACAACAUACAGCUUACAAAACGCCAAUUUAUUCAAUUGGAGGGGGGUACGGUAUACAGGACUGGUGAUCUUGUUCGCAUGCUGGGAGACGGAACUUUUGAGUUUCUUGGGCGUGCAGACGACCAGGUGAAGAUUCGCGGGUUGCGGGUUGAACUAGAUGAAAUCAGUUCUGUUUUAAGGAGCGGACACAGGGAUAUUAAGGAUGCGACAACGAUCGUGGUUAAGCACAGCGAAGGAGCAAAGGAGCAGCUCGUGUCCUUCCUAGCCGUUGAGGGUAGAAAACAACAUGGAUCAAAGCCUAAAGUAUUGAAGGCCGGCUCACUAACCGAAGAAAUCCAAAGCUCGGCGUUGAAGGCGGCGAGGGCCAAACUGCCAAGAUACAUGAUCCCGGCGGUUAUUUUGAUCAUUGACCAUGUUCCACGUUCAGCAGCAGGAAAGGUUGAUAAGAAAACAUUAGGAGCGUUUUUUAGGGAACAAGAUAUCCAGUCAUUUGGGGCUGCGGGUGUAGAGGAGGAUGAGAGUGUGUGGACUGAGGAAGAAAAGAAGAUCAGAAGUGUGUUUUCUCAGAUAUCGAGGGUUCCAGUUGAGCAAAUUUCUCGGAACUCUACUAUUUAUGAAAUCGGGCUUGAUAGUAUCAGUGCUGCUCAGGUCGCGAUGCAGUUGAAGCGUAUUGGUUUGGAAAUCUCAGUUUUGGAUAUUCUUGAGCGACCAUCUAUAAAACAAUUAUCAAAGCUACUCACUACAGAUAGCAAACAUAUCGAAGCUAACAGUCAGAAUUCUGAUGACUACCUGGUGAAUUUCAACGACCAAUUCAUGGAUCAAAUUCUCAAGGACACGGGUAUCGCAAAAGACAGAAUCGCCGGGGUAUUCCCGUGUACGCCGGCGCAAGAGGGAAUGCUAUCACAGUUUCUGCGUUCUAAAGGCGGCCUAUAUUUCAAUCACUCUGUCUUCAAACUACCCCAGAAUGUCGACUUGAGUCGCCUGCGCGAGUCUUGGAAUGCUGUCUCUGACUCGCACGACAUGCUCCGUGCUGGUUUCGUUGAGGUUGAACACAAUACACAUGCUUUUGCUACCAUUAUCUAUGGUCAGGGUUCCGUUGACCUGCCGUGGGCUAUAGUGGAUAACCGAGAGAAUAAGGAUACUGUGCUCUCUGCACAAAAGGAGCUCGGGGCUUCUCGCGCGCUUGAGAAUCUCCACCUCCCGCCAUGGAGUGUCACUGUGAUUAGAGAAAGUGACGUGAAAUCACUACUGCUGUUUUCUGCACACCAUGCUUUGUACGACGCAGAAACCUUAAGUCUUUUCCUCGACGAUGUUUUCUCUGAGUAUUCUGGUAAACGUGUCGCUUCCCGCCCCAAAUUUUCUGCUGUUCUUAGCAACAUUGUGAAGCAUUCACUGGAUGCCGAGGUUAUCGAAGAGGACAAAACCUUCUGGCUACAGCAACUUCAAGGAACGAGCAUCUCACGUUUCCCAAACUUAUGCCCCGUCAGAGUCAAGAGUACUUCCAGUCAUGUUUGUUCGACAGAAACGAGUUGGAGUUUGUCAAAGAUCGAGAGCGGGUGUCGGAAAUUGGGAAUCUCGGUGAAUUCUGCAGGGCAAGCUGCCUGGGCAAGGGUGCUCUCGGCGUAUAUGGGGGAUACUGCUGUCACAAUGGGAAUCGUGCUUUCGGGAAGAUCUGGCGUUAUUGGUGCCGAGAAUGUGGCUUUCCCGUGUAUCACAACUGUGCCUUCCCUAUGUCUAUUAACCGGUACAAACCUCGAACUUGCAUUGGCUUUACAACAUAGCAAUGCACAGACGCUGAAGCAUCAGCAUACACCUCUUCGAAACAUUCAAGGGUGGUUUGAGCAUCGCCAAGAAUCUUUCUUUGACUCUAUCUUUGUGUACCAGAAGACAGGGUCUAGCAGCAAGAAUUCAUGGGAAGUUGUAGAGGAGGAUGCUUUCGUUGACUACACGAUCUCCUUAGAAAUCGAACCCACAAAUAGCGACUCCCUUCUUAUCCGGGCAACAUGUAGAGACAACGUCAUGCCCAAGGAACAAACACAGUUGCUCAUUCAGCAAGUUAAUGCUGCAUUGGUAGACAUUUUACAGAACCCUAAUAGCUCGAGCACAGAGUUCUUGAGUUUUCCGUCGGCAUUGCUCUCAUGUACCCCGCCCUUAAUCGACGAAAUUCCUACAGAUAUCACCUUGUUGCACAAAUUCGUUGAAAAGUACAGGAAACUAACACCAGACAAAAUUGCCUUCGAGUUUGCCACAUCAAUUCAGGAAGGGUGCGCGAUCAAAGAAACAUGGAACUAUACCCAACUCGACGAAGAGGGCAACCGAAUCGCAAACUACCUACUAAACUUUGGAGUCAAAACUGGACAAAUUAUUGCCAUCUGCUUUGAGAAGUGCCCCGAAGCGUCAUUCGCUAUUCUUGGAAUCCUGAAAGCCGGUUGUGCAUUCAUGGCGCUUGACUAUAAUGCACCCAUUGACAGAAAGGCUUUCAUUGUCGAGGACUCGGAUGCGAAAUGUGUGUUGACGAUAGACAAAUAUGCUCAGGAACUCAAAAGCAAAGUUAAAGUGAGAGUUGUGUCUCUAGAGAGUGACACGGAGGUCAAAACAUCUUCAUCCGAAACUCCUUUUAUUGCAGAUCUCAAACCGGAAGACCUUUGCUACUGCCUAUACACGUCCGGCACCACUGGAACACCGAAGGGAUGCGAGCUCACACACGAAAACGCUGUACAGGCGAUGCUUGCUUUCCAACGCAUAUUCAGCGGUCAUUGGGAUUCUGAGUCACGUUUCCUUCAGUUCGCAUCUUUUCACUUUGAUGUCAGCGUUAUGGAACAAUAUUUCAGUUGGAGCGUGGGCAUGUGUGUUACUUCAGCACCAAGAGACGUUAUUUUCCAGGAUCUUGCUCUCACAAUAAACGAGCUUCAGAUCACGCAUUUAGAUCUCACACCUAGUCUUGCGGCGUUGCUUCGUCCAGAAGAUUGUCCUUCAUUGUGUAGAGGCGUUUUUAUCACGGGAGGUGAGCAAUUGAAACAGGAGAUUUUGAACACUUGGGGGGAGACAGGAGUAAUUUAUAACGGAUACGGGCCUACGGAAGUCACUAUCGGAUGUACAAUGUACGCUAGGGUCCCGGCGAACGGGAAACCCUCCAAUAUCGGCACUGCAUUUGACAAUGUUGGUUCUUUUGUUUUUACACCCAAUACAAGUCGACCUGUUCUUAGAGGAGCAAUUGGUGAGCUGUGUGUUUCUGGAAAGCUGGUUGGACGUGGAUAUCUCAAGAGGGCAGCUCUCACUGAAGAGAAGUUCCCACACCUAAAGGAAUUUGAUACAAGGAUAUACCGGACUGGUGAUUUGGUGCGCAUUCUCUAUGAUGGUACUUUUGAUUUCGCAGGACGAGCGGACGACCAGGUCAAGCUCCGUGGACAGCGCCUCGAGAUUGGAGAGAUCAAUGAGACCCUCAAACAGGCAGACUCACGGGUCAAAGCAGUCGCCACACUGGUUCUAAGGCACCCGAAGCAGCAGAAAGAUCAACUCGUCUCAUUUAUUGUCUUGGGAACAGCCAAAGCCUCCAGUACAUUAGAUCCAGUAGUCCUGGAUGAUCCUGAACAUCACCAGGUCAUCCCAAUUUUGGCCGACGGAUGCAGGAGAAAACUACCCGUAUAUAUGGUUCCUACUCAUUUCUUGCCUAUAUCGAAGAUGCCAUUGUCAGUGAACAACAAGGUCGAUAACAAAAAGCUCACAGCAAUUUAUAAAGACACGUCUCUCGCACUUCUUCAACAAAUCUCAAGGAGAGAGGAAGUUAAUGAAGAAAAUUGGACUGAUAGCGAGGCUCGUAUUCGAAAGAUAUUGGCCGAAAUGACCGGAUUUCAAACCUCGGAGAUCAAGCAUUCUUCGACUGUGUUCGAGCUUGGGUUGGAUUCAGUUUCUGUGGUUGGAUUAGCGCGCAGAUUGAAGAAGGAUGGAUUUUUUGCAUCGACUGUGUCUCUUGUCAUGAAAUAUCCGGGUGUGAAGCAACUGGCAGCAGAGUUGAGCAACGGCGAAAACAAUAGCUCAGAAGAACUUGCAAGAACAGGAUCGAUCAACCAAAAAUUAACAGCAUUUGCCAAUAAAGGUUCCUUUGAGGUGUGCGAACACCUUAACCUUGAGCCGGAUCAGAUUGAGGCUAUCGUUCCCUGCACAGCCCUUCAGGAAGGAAUGAUUCUUCGCUUCAUCGAUUCAGAGAAGCCUCUUUACUACAACUCCUUCUCCUUUUCACUUACAAAGCGUACAGAUACCAACUUACUUCAUUCGGCUUGGGAUGCGGUGGUAAAAUCCACUGGUGUCCUACGAACCUGCUUCUGCGAGACCUCGGAUGGUUAUGCUCAAGUCGUACUUAGGGAUUCGGAAGUUCAGUGGCGAGAAAUUAAUGUCAAAAACGAAAACUCUCAGAGCGUGAUCACCGGCGAGAUGAUGGAACAUAUUAGUAUGAAUAGGGACUUACACCAAACACCAUUAUACCUACUCCUUCUUCGAACACCUUCGAGAAUAAUCCUAGUAGUCAACAUUUUCCAUGCCCUUUACGAUGGAAACAGUUUGCCUCUUAUCUUCCAAGACGUCCAGAGAGCCUACCGAAACCAACUAAAACCAAGGACUCAUCAUUUUCACGAAAUCGUCGGACAUAUUCUCUCUGUAGACAUGGACGGUGCAAGUAAAUUCUGGAAGUCUACUCUUGCGGAAGCCAAACCAUCCAAUUUCCCUCAACUCACUCAAUCAGCCGCAGAUAUCGACCAGCUAGUGCAGUUCAAGCCAAAGAUCGUAAUGGAGGACGUUGAGAAGUGCUGCAAGAAAUUGAAUUGUACCCCGCAAUCGGUAUUCCAGGCUGCUUGGGCAAAUACCCUUUCUCCAUAUCUGGGAACCCAGUUUGCUUUUGGAAUCGUUGUCUCUGGGCGAUCAUUACCAAUAGACGGCGUUGAAGAUACUAUCGGACCAAUGUUCAACACAAUCCCAUGUUCCUUAGAUGUGAAAAAUGCCUCUUCUUGGGAGAAGCUAAUUCAGCAAGCUCAUAACUUCAAUUCGGAGUCUAUCACUUACCACCAUACUCCUCUUCGUCUCAUCAAUAAGUUGAUGCAUGCUACUUCAGAAAAGCCACUUUUCGACACUUUGUUCGUGUACCAAAAAGUCCCAGGCAGCGAUGAUAGUACUGAGGCCCCUAUUUGGAAUAUAAUGGAAAGCUCGGCGGUAGCAGAUUACCCGCUUGCCUUGGAGAUUGAAGAGAGUCACCUUCAUGGGUUGAAUUUCUCGAUUGUUGCGAAAAGCUCGGUCCUCACAACUGACAACUCUCUUGGGUUACUGAGUAGCCUUGAAAGAAAUAUCAAAGAGAUCCUACGAAGCCCCCUUAGCAAACCUUCUCUGGAGAAAACGCCCGAAUCCGAUCCCAUUGCGCCAAAAGAAUCCAAUGAUAUACAUACAAAUGGACAAGCUGGCUUCCAAUGGGGACCCGAUGCAAAGAUCCUUCGUACGACAAUUGCCAAGCUUGCAGAUGUCGGUGAAUCGGAAGUUGAUGAAGAUUCCUCUAUUUUUGAAUUGGGUCUCGACAGUAUCGAGGCUAUCAAACUCUCUUCGAGGCUACGUUCCAGCAGCAUCAAGCUUUCAGUCAGCACAAUUAUGAGAAACCCGACUAUUCGAAAAAUGCAUGAAGUCCUCUCACAAUCGACAAAGAAUAGCAAAACCAUUCUAAAGGCGAAUCGACUUACUGAGUUUGAACAAAGCAUCCGUGAGAAUCUCAAAGGACGAAAGCAUAACUUGGAUUUGGAUCAGAUCGAAGCCAUUUAUCCCGCUACACCGCUCCAGGAAGGCAUGAUCGCGGAAACACUUGCAUCUGACUAUAAACUUUACUUCAACCACGAUGUCUUGGAGCUCGACAGUACGGUUGAUAUAAGGCAAUUGAGGAAUGCGUGGGAAUUAGUUUUCCAAAAUAGCGAGAUACUAAGGACGAGCUUCUUCAAGGUCUCUGAUAUAUCUGUUGAUUUACCAUAUAGCUUUGGCCAAGCCGUUCACAAACGACCUCAGCUCAAGUGGAAGGAGGUCCUCAUAUCAUCAAACACAAGAAAAGCUAUCAAGGCCGCUAUGCAACAAGCCGCGCAAAACGUCGACAUGCUUCAAGAGCCCCCGCUACAGAUCACUAUCGUAAAGUCUCCAAAGACAAAUUAUUUGAUUCUUUCUAUGUCUCACGCAUUAUACGAUGGAUGGUCUCUGGGUCUUUUGCAUGAAGACGUACAAAAUGCAUACCUCGAUUCACCUUCAUCAAGACCGACCUGCCGUCCCCUUUUGGAAGAUAUAUUCAGCGUGGAUCCAAAAGAUUCAAAUAAAUUUUGGAAACAGAUGCUCGCAGGUUCCUCGCCCUCAAUGUUUCAGAGAUCUACUGAGAAUUCCCCUGCUAUUACCCACCGCUUUGAAAAGCCAUCUUCUUUGCCAUUUUGGAGGAUUCAGUCUUUCUGUAAACAGAUGGGAGUAACGGUUCAAUCACUUGGACAAAUGUGUUGGGCACUUCUCUUGGCUCAUCACCUAGGGGAGCCUGAUGUUCUUUUUGGUACCGUUCUUUCAGGAAGGGAUAUCGAGUCGGCAGACGGAAUGCUUUUCCCGGCAAUGAACACGGUUCCUGUGCGUGCUAUUGCUCAUGGAGACUACAAAGACAUGCUUCGCUACAUGCAAGACAAUUCUGCGAGAGUUCUUAAAUAUCAGCAUACGCCUCUACGUCAAAUCCAAAAGCUGGUGGAUAGCCAGGGACAACGACUUUUUGAUACUCUCUUUAUUUACCAACGUGGCCGCGAACCCAGUGAGAGUAGCCAAAAGCCAUUAUGGAAUUCAGUCGAUGGAGCUGCAAACGUUGAGUACAAUAUAUGCAUCGAAAUGGAGCACUGUGGGGAUAAUCUUCUCUGGAGGAACGCCUGCAAAUCUACCGUGCUGUCAGAAAUCGAUUCUGAAUCACUUCUUCAGACGCUUGAUUCACUUCUGCUGCAUAUCGUCAACAAUACCGACCAUCCAGCCAUGGUGUACCAUAAAGAAGGGAUCUCAUUUGGAAAUAUCCCUAUAUGUGCCCGCCGCUCGGACAGCACCACGAGUCUCAAUGGCCUACGUAUCGACCUUGACGAGACAGCUAAGAAAAUCCGAGAGGCUCAGAGCAACACAGGAGAUGCUGCAGCUAUUAUAGCGAGUAAUAACGGAAGGCAAUUGCUAGUCGUUUUCAUUACCGGGGAACAAUCUGUUCACAACGUAGCAUCAUUUGCCCGUCACGAAUUCCCCCACUGGUCGAUGCCAUCUUUCAUAAUUCCCAUGAGCACAUUACCUCAUAAGGAUGGUAAAAUCGAUCGAUCGCAGCUAGAAUCCCAUUUCCGUUCAAUGAAACUCGAGGAACGCGACGAAUUUGCUGUACAGGAAAAGAAAGGCGAAUGGACACCAUUGGAACUCACCCUCCGCCGUAUUCUAUCAGCUGUUUCUCAACUACCAGAGUCUGAAAUCGGUCGUACACAGACAAUCUUCCACCUAGGCUUAGACUCAAUCAGUGCCAUUAGCUUCUCCUCGAAGCUUCGAGAGCAGUCAAUCUUCCUCAGUGUCGCCGAGAUCUUGCGUGCAGCCACAAUUGAACGCAUGGCAGCCGUUACGAAAAAAAUGAAUGGUGAAGCUCCCAAGACUCUUGUGGACACGGAGGAGGCUUUGGAGAAGGCUCUAGGAGAUAUCAACAUCAAGUCACUUCUCUGCGGAAUCCCUGAAGCUAGCAUAGAAAGUGUGGCGCCUGCAACCGCUGGUCAGGUUUACAUGCUCUCUGCAUGGAAGAACUCGAACUACACAAUCUUUAUGCCAACAUUCACCUUCAGAUACCGGAAGAUUGAGCAUUCUCGGAUUCUCUCUGCCUGGGAGUCCCUUGUACGCCAGGAGUCGAUCCUCCGUACUACUUUCCUAGCAACAGAUAGCGAAGAUACACCUCUUGUUCAAGUGGCCCUUAGAAAUCCACCUAUCCAAACCGAGUGGUAUCAAUCCUCGGCAACCAACAACGACGGCUUCAUUAAUUUCCUCAAAUCGCAGGAGCAGAGCAAGCCUGUCAAUUUGGAACAGCCUCCUGUCCGUCUCACCGCCCUCACCACGCCAAUUGAUACAAUAGUCUUCCUGACGAUUCACCAUGCGUUAUAUGAUGGAGUCAGUCUUCCACUCCUACUUUCGAAAUUUCAAGGCUUCCUCGAUGACAGCGUAGAACGUCUCCCAACCCCAGAACCCGAGGCCCCACGCUUCCUAGAUUUCGUGACAUUUACACAUUCGCAAGAUAUCCAGCAACAGUCCCGCUUCUGGAGUAAAUACCUAGAUGGCGCCGUUUCCACUCUUGUUCCGCUCAAAUACCCGGACAUACAGACCCCUGAGAGAACAGAACUAUUCCGAACCGGCGUCAUCGAUAAGAGCAAUCUCCUCGAGAGCCGCUGCCGCACCGAGGGUGUCUCACUCCAAUCCGUCUUCCUAGCAGCCUACGCAAAGGUCUACGCCUAUCAUCUCGAUCUCAAAGAUGGCCCCGUCAAGAGGAGGGAGGAUAUCAUAUUUGGUAUCUACCUCUCCAACAGGCACCUCUCCACCCCAGACCUUGCCCUCAUGGCGGCUCCCACUCUGAAUCUUGUCCCCCUCCGAAUUCGCUCGUCGAGAACAACUACUCUUAUUCAGCUCGCUCGCCAAGUCCAGGCGGACCUGGCUGAGAUCGGAAGCGCCGGUAAUGGGACCGUGGGGCUGUGGCAAGUCGAGAAGUGGACGGGGGUGCAGGUUGAUUGCUUCUUUAACUAUCUGAAGAUGCCGGUUGGAGAUGAGGCGGCAGGUGCAGAUGGUGGGAUGGGUUUUGAGGAUAUGAAGGUUGACGUGAAGUCGGAUCUUGGUGCUGCAAGAGCAGAACUACCAGGAAAGCCAUGGAUGGAUAGCGCAAAGACACAUUUGGAUAUCGAGGUUGCGGUCCGCGGUGACAAGGUUGAUAUCGGGGUGUUUUCUACUGCGCAGACCCUCAACAGGGAAGAUGCGAAUAAUACUAUUGAAUGGAUGCGUGAUAUCGUGAUGGGUAUUUUGUAG